AUGCGUGGUAUCUUUAUUCAUAUGAUAGCAUUAUGUGUUCUUUUCCCAGUCGGUGUUUUGGCUGUUGAAACUCACAAAAAUGACGUUGAUACUUCCUUCUGGUCGAUAGACAUUAUAGCUAAGGGUGAAUCCUUGGCUAUCGAUGUUCUCCACAGUGAAAUAAAGGCGAUCGAAGGCGUUAUCUCCAAGUCUCGUUAUGAUUGCUGUGCUAUUCUUAGAAAACUUGAUAAAUAUGACGCCAAAACAUUGCUGGAUCUGGGAAGAACUUUUUAUGACUGA